AUGAAGAAAUACAAGCGCGGCUAUAUGUAUGACUUGUUUCCAUUGCGAGACAUGUUGGAAAUCACGGUUAUGCAACGCGGAAGUCGUCAGGCACGUUUGAAUGACACUGGGGCCGACGUGAAAGGCACAGGCGCAGACACCGUUGCGGCAACAGAAGCGGGCGAAGAAAAAGGGGCCGACGUGAAAGACAGAGGCGCAGAUACAGCCGCGGAAACAGAAGCGUGCGAAGAAAAUGGGGCCGAUACCAAGGGAGACACUGGAGCCGACACGGGCGCGCAAACAGACACGGGUGCAGAGGUGGCCAAAGCCACAGAGAGAGAAACCGACACAGGCACGCCAAAACCAACGGCCAAGUUGACACAACUACGUCCUGGACCUCGUCCUUGGGUUCCAUCAAUGCGGCUUUCGAUCCUAGUUGUGGCGUUUCCUUUGAGCUUCGUCACCACAAUGCCAAUCGUAUUGAAGAACUUGGAGCCGCUUCGAGGAUAA